GCGCGCACUACCAGAGUAAAAAUAUCAGCUCUGUACAUAGCCGUUGGUUUCCAUAUUUUGUGUAUCACUAAUGUCAAAUGUCAUUCAAAUAGAGAAUCGAUACGUUAUCCGAGAAGUGAAUUUCGUGUUAAAUUUUAUAAUUUUUAAAUAUUUUUCGUGUGAUAAUAAUCAUGGUAAAGACAGUUCCAACACGAAAUACAAAAAGGGUUGCGCAAAUAUCCAGAGCGAAAAAGACAAACUUGCCAGAUGGCACUGGGCACAAGAGAUUGGGAAUGAAGAUUGAAAUUCGUAGACAUAGCUGUAAAAAAAAAUGGGUUCAGUCAAUGGUGAAGUUUGUUAAUGAUUCAAAGAGGAAGGUCACGUUGGCAGUACUCAACUUGAUUCAAGAGGCAGAGAAAUGGCAAGAGGAAACUUUUGCGAAAUUUGAUCUGAUUCAAGAACGAAUAGUCAAUAAUUUCAGUCCACCGGACAUCUCCGAAUUAGAAAGAGAUGAUGAUUAUGAUGAUGGUGAUAGUGAUAGUGAUUAUGUCGAUGAUGUUAUUGUCGUUGACGAUGAUGACGAUGAGGAUGAUGUUAUUUUUAUGGGCGAGUAUGUUAAUGAUCACAUUGUUAAAGUUGAAUUACCGCAGCAGCAAAACAAUACGCUCGCACCAUCACUCCCAACUCCGUUCCAAGCUGAUGUUAAGGUAAAAUUACCGAAACCACAAAAAGAUUUGGUCUGUCCAUCAGCACCAAGUACGAUCUCAUCUAAUGGCAAACCAGAAGUGAACAAAAGUAGUGAAUUACUAGUUGAAUUACCAUCAUUGCCAUGCUUGUUACAACCUGACGGCGAAGUACAAUCGCAACAUCAAAACAGAAACAGAUCCAUGCCAAGCACGAGCACAGCUAAUGUCGCAUCACCACAGAAAAUUGUGUCUUUAUCAAAGGCAAGUCCGCUUCGAGCUGAUGUUGCAGACAAAUCGCCGCAAAAACCAAAAAAUUUGAUCAUCCCAUCAGUGCCAGAACUAAUAUUCGAUAAAAUGAGCGACAGUAAAGCAAAAAAUUCGACGAAAAAGUCAAUGAAUUUCCAGCCAAAAGUGCCAAGUCAGAUCGAAAAGAGGCAAAAAGUAUGCACCGUACCAUCCUUUGUUCCACUACGAAAAAAAUCAAGUUUUUUGCACAGCUCUAUACGUGCCCUAUCGAAAAAUGAUGCAAAUGAAUCAACUGACGAACAAAUUCCACCAUCAAGUGAAAUUAAAACACCCGAAGCAAAGAUUGUUGAUUCAUGCACUCAAAAAGGACCAAUCGUCGAAACUGAGCAACUUUCAAUCUUCAAACAAUUCGAGGCUGCACGGAAGCUAUUCUUCGAAAUUGAGAAACGUAAACAAGAAGCUGCAAAACUGGCCACAGCAACAGAGCAACAAGCCGACAUCUAAAGUGCUGCGUGCUCAAUUCAUUCUCAUCCAAACUGUGUUCAUACAACAAUUAAUGUUUCACAUCUUAAGUAAUAAUAAUU